AUGGAUUCCAGUGAGGUGGCGCAGAAGCUGGUCUCGCCCGCCACGGCCGGCUCCUCGCACCUGUGCAGGGUCUUCUCAAUGGCCGCCGCUUUCUCUGAGUGGGGUUCGACGGAGAGGAGGCUCAGUAUGUCGGACAUCUUGGCGGAGGAGAAGGGAAUGGAGUUGGCGACCGAGCGGGGCAGGAAGGCGGAGUUGGACGCGGUCCUGGUGAAGUGCAGGUUCAUCUUGGACCCUGGGACGAGGUCCUUCUCCUGGAAGAAGAGAGCCACGUCUGCGUUGUCGUGGACCUGCGUGUCGGUGGCGGCGUACGCGUAGUUGAAGCCUAACACUCCGACGAAGACACCAGUCGGUGGGGACGUUCCCACGGUCACCCCGACGCCGAAGAGGCUGGAGUCCACGCCGGCCUUCGCAUCUGCGGACGCGGAAUGGAAAACAGUCAGACGACGAGGGACUCUGUGACCAGACCACUUUUAGCAAUGAGCGAGGUGGAGAGAGAGGAAAACCUGCCGGCAGUAGCUGGCGUAGCGCGCUGGGGAUGGGAGUGUUAGGCAACACGGUUUCCCAGUAGUUCUGGGGAGCUAAAUUCGCGGCUGAUGCUGCUGCUACCGCGACCUGCACCAGGAUCGGAGAGAAUACUUCAAACCGCGCCGGCGGGUUAUCGACCGAGAAGUGGUGAGACGUAGAGAGCUCCAACUCACCGCGAUGAAGAGAAGUGCGAAAAGAGAGCGAGCCAUGGGGAGGGACGGAGAUCACAGCAGGAAGACCUCACGGAGAGGAGGAAGCACUGGAGUGAAGCUUGCUUGGGCUUAGGGUGUGGAUUACUGGAUGAAUUUAUAGGGACUCUUUUCGCCGACUGGCUGGCCUGAACAAUGAUUUGACGGCCACUGGUUGGGCGAAAAUUCAUUCAUCAACGCCUACUGUCCUCCGGCCCUCCCCGGCAUUAUUGAUUGUCAAACCCACCAGGAUGGCUGGUCGCCGAAGGAUACGGCGGCGGCGGCGGCGAGAGAGCCGUUGGCUCGCGGGAGAGGAGAGAGAAAGCGAAAGGCGAAAUUAAGGUUAUUAUUAAAAUCGAGAUCGGACACAACUAUGUAUACUGGUUCUAGCGAUGUGGAUAGGAUACUGAAGAAAAAACAGGGGAGAAAAAUACAAUGCAGUAAGAGCAUAUACACAAUUAUCCAGAUGACUCCAGUACUGUUGGACUAUCUCAUAUUCCGACAUUUAUUGCUGCCGCCGGGUCGCUAAGGAGGUGCAGUGGAUGUAUCGCCGUCGCGGAGUGCAUCCUCCCUGCGGGUAUUUAGUCAGAGGAGGUGAGUCCCUUUCUGGUGGAUUAGAUGGAAUCCCCGGAGAAUCCCCGGGGAAGUGCUCGUGGUCCCCUCAUUGUUCAUGUUGUCUUAGUCUCACCGACCGCGGCCGGACGAUAUAUGCAUUCUCCCAACUGCUCUCUGCGCCUUAGUCGUAUUCGUCUUCAGGAUGCUGUCGGCCCGUGUACGAACGGCAUACAAUCGACUUGCUCUACGAUUUGUUAGAGGUUGCGGAGAGAUGCUGUUCAGGAGGAACACGCCUUCAGUUUAGUCUUUGUAACAAUCUCCUCUGUUUUGUCGGUGAUAAAACUUUUCUUCUUAUUUCUUCUUACUGUUGAGACGCGUGUGGUGAGAUGUACUUAGACGUAGACCGUAUCACGACCUCCUUUUCAUUGUUAGACACCAUGAGCGCCUGCAGGAAUAUUCACGGACGCUGUGGACCAGCAAGUAA